AUUUGACAUUUCUCGUCUAUGAGCCUAGCUGAAAUGUGUUUUGAAGAUUCAAAACUUUGUAAAUUGUAAUAUCAUAAAAACAAAUUAGACAAAGUCCCAAUUUUCAUAAAAUAUUUCAAAAUGCGAUAUGCUCAGAUCGUUAUGGGUCCAGCUGGUAGCGGAAAGUCAACAUACUGCGCCUUCAUGCAACGCCAUGCUGAAGACAUGAAAAGAUCCAUUAACGUAGUUAAUCUCGAUCCAGCUGCAGAACACUUCGAUUAUCAACCGAUUGUAGAUAUCCGGGACCUAAUACAAUUAGAUGACGCUAUGGAAGACGAAGAACUUCAGUACGGCCCUAAUGGUGGUUUAGUGUUUUGUCUAGAAUUCCUCAUACAAAACCAAGACUGGCUAAGAACUCAGCUAAGCGGUGGGUCAGAUGACGAAACCGAUUGUGAUCCAGACGAUGAUUAUAUCCUCUUCGAUAUGCCAGGCCAAAUCGAACUAUUUACACAUCUGACAAUGGGAAAGGAACUAGUUAACUUAUUGGAAUCAUGGAACUUUCGUUUGUGUACGGUGUUUUUGGUCGACUCGCAAUUCAUGAUUGAUGGGCCGAAAUUUCUAUCAGGCACUAUGGCUGCACUAAGUGUAAUGGCUAACUUAGAAAUGCCUCAUGUGAAUGUGCUCUCAAAAAUGGAUCUAUUAAGCAAGUCAGCAAGAAGUCAAUUGGACAAAUAUUUAGAUCCAGAUCCAAAAGCUCUAUUGGGUGAUAUAACUGAAGAAUCAUCAUGGGGAAGAAAACACCAAAAAUUAUCACAAGCAAUUGGGGCGUUAAUUGAAGAUUUCAGUUUGGUGAGGUUUGUUCCUUUGAAUGUUGAAGAUGAAGAAAGUGUUCAAGAUUUGUUGAUGCAAAUCGAUAAUGUUAUACAAUAUGGCGAGGAUGCUGAUGUUAAAAUACGUGAUUUUGAUCCACCUGAAGAAAAUGAUGAUGAUGAUUAUGAAUAAAAUAUUGUGUUUUUAAGAUUUUUUAA